UCCACUGAAACCUUUUCGUCUGCUUCCGCGUUCGCGCACGAAAGUCACUUAUUAUUGUCGGAAUCCUUGCCGAGGAACCUGGUCGAUCGAUCUCUCCGGAACAUCUCGAUUUUUGAUUCGAGGUGCCGGAUCUCGAACGAUGUUGAAGUCUUUACGAUCAGAUAUUUAUCGGUUGGGGCUCCGCUUCUGCUCGAAACACACAGAAGAGUUCCCGGCCGAGCUGAAACCCAGGAAAGAGGCAGAAUACCAUGCCAGUUAUCACCAGAAAGCCAAGGGACGAAUCUAUGACAGGAAACCCAUGCUCGUCAAGCUCCGAACAGGCAGGCAGUACUUCUGGUGUACUUGCGGCUGGAGCCAUAGUCAGCCUUUCUGUGACGGAACGCACAAAAAUCCACAUUACAGGAUAUCCUUGAGACCAAUGAGGAUAGUUCCUGAAGAAACGAGAGAAUACUGGCUGUGUAAUUGUAAGCAAAGUUCGAAGAGGCCAUUCUGUGAUGGGACUCACAAGACAGAAGAAGUAGCCACAGCUCCCAGAGUUUAUAAGAAUGGUUUCUAGUUCGGCGACAUUGUAUCCGAACCGGCAAAGUUAUUCGUGGAGCUCGGUGGAAUGCAUCUUCAGAAUAUAGUUGUCAUAUA